UUUUGUGUGUGUGUGUGUGUGGCUGCGGCGGCGCACGCGUGUAUCCUCCCGCCGGGCGCGCUUUUUUCUUCUCCCCUCGCUGGGGUGCGGGGGGAGGGUGGGAAGGAGCCGGGCGCAGCCGCGCGGAGGGAGCCGGAGCGGAGCGGUCCCGGCGCGCUCCUCCCGCCGCGGGUGCCCCGGGCUGAUGCCGCCCGCCCCCCGGCGCCGGCCUCGUCUCCCGCAGAGCGGCGGAGCCCGCUGAGAGCGAGCGGCGGCGGCGGUGGGAAGGAUGGCGGACACGGACCUCUUUAUGGAAUGUGAGGAGGAGGAGCUGGAACCAUGGCAGAAGAUCAGUGAUGUGAUUGAAGAUUCUGUUGUUGAGGAUUAUAAUUCAGUUGAAAAAACUGCUUCGGCUGGCAAUCCUCUUGUUCAGCAGAGUGGACAGCCACUAAUCCUUACCCAGAACCCCACCUCAGGUCUGGGCACGAUGGUAACUCAGCCAGUGUUACGACCUGUGCAGAUCAUGCAGAAUGCCAAUCAUGUCACCAGUUCUCCAGUGACUAGCCAGCCCAUCUUCAUAACAACGCAGGGAUUUCCCGUGAGGAAUGUGCGGCCUGUACAGAACACAAUGAACCAAGUUGGAAUUGUUCUGAAUGUACAGCAAGGUCAAACAGUUAGACCCAUCACCCUCGUCCCAGCUCCAGGCACCCAGUUUGUUAAACCAGCAGUUGGUGUCCCUCAGGUGUUCUCUCAAAUGGCCCAGGUGAGACCAGGUACGACCAUGCCGGUCCGACCCACCACCAACACUUUCACUACGGUCAUUCCGGCCACGCUUACCAUCAGGAGCACUGCCCCACAGUCCCAGGCACAACAGCAAAGUAAGUCCACUCCCAGCACCUCCACAACUCCUACUGCAACGCAGCCAACACCACUUGGACAGUUAACUGUGCAGCAGCCAGGGCAGUCCAGUCAAGCUACUAACCCCAAAUUAGUGAGUAUUGCAAGCUUUGUGACUGUAAAGCGACCUGGAGUGACUGGUGAGAACAGCAAUGAGGUUGCUAAGCUAGUGAAUACCCUGAACACCAUUCCUUCGUUAGGACAGAGCCCUGGCCCACUGGUGGUUUCCAACAGCAGCCCUGUGCAUGGCUCCCAGAGAUCCAGUGUUUCUGAGUCAUCGUCAUCAUCAUCAUUAAAAGUCAGUUCAUCUCCUAUUCCCACAUUUGAUUUGCAAGAUGGUGGCAGGAAGGUCUGCCCAAGAUGUGAUGCUCAGUUUCGAGUCACUGAAGCUUUAAGAGGACAUAUGUGUUACUGCUGCCCUGAAAUGGUUGAAUUCCUCAAGAAAAGGAAAUCUCUAGAAUCUGAACCAAAUAUUCAACCUGCAAAGCCUCCAUCACCAGAAAAAACUACAGCUGUUGCUUCUCCACCCUCUUCUACCCCUAUCCCUGCACUGUCCCCACCUGCUAAAGCUCCAGAGCCAAGUGAAAAUGUAGUUGACUCGUCCCAAAGUAAGCUCAUUAUGUUAGUAGAUGAUUUCUACUAUGGCAGAGAUGGUGGCAAAGUGAACCAGCUACUGAACUUCCCCAAGGUUCCGACCUCCUUCAGGUGUCCACACUGCACCAAGAGGCUAAAGAACAACAUAAGAUUUAUGAAUCACAUGAAGCACCACGUUGAACUGGAUCAGCAGAAUGGAGAGGUGGAUGUCCACACCAUCUGUCAGCAUUGCUACAGACAGUUCUCCACUCCAUUUCAGCUACAGUGUCACUUAGAGAAUGUCCACAGUCCCUAUGAGUCAACAACAAAGUGCAAGAUUUGCGAAUGGGCAUUUGAGAGUGAGCCAAUGUUCCUACAGCACAUGAAGGACACCCACAAGCCUGGGGAGAUGCCCUAUGUUUGUCAGGUCUGCCAGUACCGUUCCUCGCUGUACUCUGAGGUGGACAGCCAUUUCCGCAUGAUCCAUGAAGACACACGGCACCUGCUCUGUCCCUAUUGCCUCAAGGUCUUCAAGAAUGGGAAUGCUUUCCAGCAGCACUUCAUGAGGCACCAGAAGAAGAGUGUUUAUCACUGCAACAAGUGUAGACUCCAGUUCCUAUUUGCCAAGGAUAAAAUUGAACACAAGCUGCAGCACCACAAAACUUUCCGAAAGCCCAAACAAUUAGAAGGAUUGAAACCUGGAACCAAGGUUACAAUCAGGGCAUCUAGAGGACAGCCACGGACAGUGCCAAUGUCGUCAAAUGACAUGCCGCAGGGCACUGGACAGGAAGCUGCUCCGCUGGCAUCUGCUGCCGACCCCCAGCCCAUCCUCCUGUACCCGCCUGUCCAGAGGAACGUCCAGAAGAGAGCGGUCAAAAAAAUGAGUGUCUUAGGAAGACAGACUUGUCUGGAGUGCAGCUUCGAAAUUCCCGACUUCCCGAACCACUUCCCCACCUACGUGCACUGUUCGCUGUGUCGUUACAGCACUUGCUGCUCCAGAGCCUACGCCAACCACAUGAUCAACAACCACGUUCCUCGGAAGAGUCCAAAAUACUUGGCUUUAUUUAAAAACUACACUGCCUGUGGUGUAAAGCUGUCCUGUUCCUCUUGUCCCUUCGUAACAUCUGAGGGUGACGCAAUGGCCAAACAUCUGGUCUUCAAUCCAUCCCAUGAGUUUAGUAACAUUAUUUUCCGAGGGCCUACUUGGAUAUCGCAUUCCAGGCACAUUCAGCUCCAGGACAAAAGCAUGAAGAACACGUGUCCUGCCUAUUCCCCAAGUAAAGCUGCUACUGUGAAAACAAAGUCUGUGUUACCUACAAAAGGUGACCUGGAGCCUGAGCUGGCACUGGCAGCCUACAACAGAGCUCUGCUGUGCCAGGAGGAAGAGUGCUUAAAUAUUGAUGCUCAGGAAGAUGAGCAGCCAACAAGGGAGCCUGAGCCCACAGGCAGAAAGGAGCAGCUGUCAGUGAAGAAGCUGAGGGUUGUACUGUUUGCGCUGUGCUGCAACACUGAGCAGGCUGCGGAGCACUUCCGGAACCCGCCGCGGCGCAUCAAGCGCUGGCUACGCCGGUUUCAGGCUUUCCAAGAGGAGAACUUGGCAUCACUGUCAGAAGGCAAAUACCUGAGCUUGGAGGCUGAGGAGAAGCUUGCGGAGUGGGUCCUCACACAGAGGGAGCAGCAGCUGCCCGUGAACGAGGAGACUCUCUUCCAGAAGGCCACCAAGAUUGGCCGAUCCCUCGAGGGCGGCUUCAAGAUCUCCUACGAGUGGGCAGUGAGGUUCAUGCUGCGGCACAACCUCAGCACGCACACUCGAAGGGCAGUGGCUCACCCACUCCCUAAGGACGUGGAGGACAACGCCAGCUGCUUCAUUGAGUUUGUGCAGCGGCAGAUCCACACUCAGGACCUGCCUCUCUCCAUGAUCGCAGCCAUCGAUGAGAUCUCUCUGUUCCUCGACGUGGAGGUGCUGAGCAGCGAUGACCGGAAGGAGAACGCUCUGCAGACGGUGGGAACCGGGGAGCCCUGGUGCGACAUCAUCCUCACCAUCCUCGCUGACGGAAGCGUUCUCCCAACGCUGGUGUUCUACAGGGGUCACGUCCAGCAGCCCGCCAACGUGCCGGAGUCGAUCGUGUUGGAAGCGAAGGAGAACGGAUACAGUGAUGAUGAAGUCAUGGAGCUGUGGUCGUCCAGAGUGUGGCAGAAGCACACGCAGUGCCAGAACAGCAAGGGCAUGCUGGUGCUGGAUUGCCACCGAACACACCUCUCCGAGGAAGUACUUUCCUUGCUGAGCGCAUCCAGCACUCUGCCGGCUGUUGUCCCUCCCGGCUGCAGCUCCAAAAUCCAACCUCUGGAUGUUUGUAUAAAAAGAACUGUGAAAAAUUUCUUGCAUAAAAAGUGGAAAGAGCAAGCCAAGGAGAUGGCGGACUCCACGUGCGACUCGGACAUCCUUCUGCAGCUGGUUCUGUGCUGGCUGGCAGAGGCGCUGGAGGUCAUCAGUGACUCUCCUGAACUGGUGCAGCAGUCCUUCCUGGUGGCCAGCGUGCUGCCGGGGCCGGACGGCACAGCCAACUCCCCCACCCGCAACGCUGACAUGCAGGAGGAGCUCAUCACCACGCUGGAGGAGCAGCUGAAGCUGAGCGAUGAGCCCCAGGCCCAGGUCCAGGCUGAGGAACCUGCAGACCCAGACAUCCUCCACCAGCUCUUCGAAGGGGAGAGCGAGACUGAGUCCUUCUAUGGCUUCGAAGAUGCUGAUUUGGAUCUGAUGGAGAUGUGAGCGCUGUUCCUCCCGUUACCAUCCAGAAAGGGGUAUUUUUUAAAUAAAUGUUGGAUGAGACCAUUACACUUCCCUGUGGAUUUGUGGGUUUAGGAAAUUCGUAGGCGAUCACUCAGAUAAAUAGCCAUUUAUGCUGUUCAUUUAUAAGUUUUGUGCUUUUUUAAAAGAAAAAUCACUGUGUUGGUAUUUUCUGAAAAUAUAUUGUGGGUGAAUAUUUUUGCGUUUUCUUUACCUCACUGUAUCAUAGUUUCUGUUUUUAUUGUGCAGAAAUGUUUUGAAUUAUACAUUGUCAAUGUGACCAUUUCUAAAGAAAGGAGGAAAACAAAAAACCUAUGUAGCUAAUGAACCAGUAUCUAAAUCUUUUGGGUUGUCUUAACACAGAUACUCUUUUCUUUUAACACUUGACCCAGAGGUUAAGGUUUCUGUGGAAUAUUUAGACCUGAGUUACUGCUCUACUGUGUGAACCUGCUCUAAUUGGCCAUUGAGAUUUGGGUUUGGUUUGAGUUUCCUGUUUUGGUUUCUUUUUUUCUCUUCAAGGAAUUCUUUUGAGUGUGAAUUUGGACGUGGGCUUGAAACCCAAAAAAGCAUUGGCAUGGUCAGUGCCAGCAACGCAGCUUGGGAGCUGAUGCUGCCCUGAGCGCGCUCUGCGGUGACUCCACAUACCCCCUGCCUUGCUCCAAAGAAUCACUGACAGAGGGUACAUGGUGGAAGAGGGAAGUCAAGCCUGCCUUGACCUUCCUGUGCAGUAGAUGGGAGUUAAAACCAUACGGACCAGUAAAGGUUGACCUUUAACUACUCGUAGUUGAUAAACCUGCUUUAACCAGUGGCAUCAGACACUACGUUCCUUAGAAUUAGAAAUCCCAUUUGAUGAAACAAACUGUGACAUGCACAAAAGGAAGACGUUUGUUUUUAUUUUUCACUGCCAGCUUAAAUUUUUCUACAAUUUGCAUGUUCGAGGGUUUUUUAAUUGUAUGUAUUAUGGUAUAAACGGAAAGCAUUUUGACAUACAGAAUUCAGAAGCACCUGCACCUUUCUGUUUCCAUAGAGGUUUUGUGAACCUUCCCCAUGACCCAAGGAAAGCAGGAGGCAGCAUGUGCAGACCUGUAAAUGGUUCAUCUUUAAAAUGUACAUAAGUGGAACAUUUAAUAAAACCAGGGAAAUGGAUUUAUAAA